ACACGGCGCUGUUUCUGCACCCUCCUCCACACACACAAGAGACCCGCGCACAAACGGACAGAAAAGGGAAAACACGCCGACUCGCCGCGCUGAAUCCACGGUAAUCGCUGCAGUCGUCUUGGGAAUACCGGCAGCUCUUGAGGAUUAUUAGCCGGGCCGGAAUUGGAUCGCGUCUUCCCCCAAAACCGCCGCUCCGUUCCUCAUGAGGAAAGAUGGGGAACGGAUUAUCUGACCAACCCGGCUUCCUCUCAAACGUGCCGUUCUUCCAGUCGUUUCACAUCGCCAUCCUCGGCCUGGACUCGGCGGGGAAGACCACCGUCCUGUACCGGCUGCAGUUCAACGAGUUCGUGAACACGGUGCCCACCCGAGGCUUCAACGCCGAGAAGGUCAAAGUGUCCCUGGGCGCCCACCGGACCGCCACCUUCCACUUCUGGGACGUCGGGGGCCAGGAGAAGCUGCGGCCCCUGUGGAAGUCGUACACGCGAUGCACGGACGCCAUCAUCUUCGUGGUGGACUCGGUGGACGCGGAGCGCAUGGAGGAGGCCAAGACGGAGCUCCACAAGAUCGCCAAGACCUCUGAGAACCAAGGGGUGCCCCUGCUGGUGGUGGCCAACAAGCAGGACUUGAGGAACUCCCUGGGGCUCGCCGAGAUCGAGAAACUGCUGGCGCUUAAAGAACUGGGCCCCGCGACUCCCUGGCACCUGCAGCCGACCUGCGCCAUCAUAGGCGAUGGGCUCCGGGAGGGCCUGGACAGACUCCACGACAUGAUCCUGAAAAGGAGGAAGGCGAUGCGGCAGAAGAAAAGAGAUAGAAAGUCGUGGCGAUUUUUAAAACAAAUUAAUGUUUUUAGUUUUUAUUUUAAAUAAAAGACUCGCCGGCUUGUUAUAUGUGAAGGAAACAAAAAGGAUAUUCUCCUGGGUGGGUACAGAUGAGUAUCCACUGCGGGUCCAAAUUUUACAAAAAUGCUGAGUUUUAUCAGUCCAAAAAAGUUCCCGGGUCUCGUGAUGAUGCCUUUGAUCAGGAAGUGGCGUUUUUUUUCUUUUUGAAAGGGAUGCGGUAUGACGACGAGGAAGAUUCAGACACGUGUGGUUCUGCUCGAAAGAGUUGGUGUGGAUUUUGAAAAAGCGAUGAGGGUUUGAGGUCUGGAAGGGUGACGGAGGUUACGGAUGUUUCAUCGUGAGCGGCUGCUCCAAUCAACGUUGCCAAAAAACAUGAAUUAAGAAAAGUCGUUGAAGGUUUAUUUGGUAAAAGAGUGAAUGAACAUUGUUACACCAGAGGAGCAACGGUAACUGUUUCAUACGUUGUUCUAUCUCGUUUAUUUUUUACACUGGACUUUCUCUGUGAAAGAAAAGUAUUAUCAUGCAUUGUUGCAUCAUCAAUAUGCUUGCUGUCUUUUCCCCCCGACAUAUAUAUAUAUAUAUGUGUGUGUAUAUAUAUAUAAUUUUUUUUUUUUAAAGCACUUUAGAGUAUCUCUUCGUAUGAAGUUUAAAGUUUCUAAAUAGAGCAUAUUGUGUAUUUUACCGAUCUGUUUGGGCAAAAUCCAACAGAUGCUACUGUAGUUGGUCCACAUUGGCCACGUCGUCACGAGACAUGUUAUUCAUUGUGUUUUGCUUAAUAAAACAUAGUUAGAGCAACGUC